AUGUCUUCCAUCCAAAUGGUUUCUACGAGCAAAUUCCGUUACAAAAGGCUGAAACCUGAAGCUGGUUUAGUUGAGGAGGAAAGAGAGAGAGUGAAUCUGCGGCCAGCAAGGAGCACCUGGUUCAGAUUCAGAAGGAGACAUUUUAGAAGAAGGUUUAGGGUGAAAGUUCCAAGCUUGAGAAGACUAUGGAGGAAGAAAGCAAGGGUUGUCUCUGCCAUGAAAGUUUCAUAUGCUAAGGUUCUGAAAAGGUUCAAGGAUGGGCAAGUUCAUUUGGGUGAUCUCUUUGCUGGCAACUACUUGUUCAUGCAAGUCAAUCCUGCAUCUUUGAAGUAUCUUGAAAAGGAGUUCUCCACUCUCUCUAAUAAUAAAGUUGCUAAGUCUUUUUAA